AUGGCGAAUAAAAGUUCAAUGGGUUACAAGAAGGGAUCGCGGGAGAACCCUAUUUCUCUCGAUGAUGAUCCUACCUCGGAUCACAGCCAACAUGGGCAGAGCCGCGGUGGUGCAGGUUCCAAGCAAUCAACCACCUAUUCCCAACAUGGCCAAGGCAAGGGCAAGUCAACGGCUUCUACCUCCAGCCAUCAGAAGAAACAGUCUGCUUCUGUCUCCGGAACUCGCCACGAACCUUGGAGAUAUGGCCCAUCCGACGAAGAUUUCUUCGCCCCGGAAGCUCGGCCGCGAGGUGACGGCAACUAUGGCGCAUACCUUCUACGACAAAAGCUGCGCAACGGUUCCGAAGCUAAAGAAGAAAAGGACCCCCUAGACAUGUCGGAAGAGGAUGAGGCAUGGUUAGUAGGCAUCGACAGUGACGAGGACGAAGAAAUUAAGCCUAAGAAACGGGGAAAGAAGCAGAAGGGGCCUGCCCAGAAGCGGUGGAAGCCUGCUCGGGAGCCCAAGGUUAGCAGCUCCAAAGCAAUGGACCAUUUGAUGGCUCGAGUGACAGAUAAGAGCCGACGGGAUGAUUGA